AUGGAUCCCGUCAAGUACAUCUUUGAAAAACCUGCUCUCAUUAGGAGGAUAGCUCGGUGGCAGGUUCUGUUAUCAGAAUUCAAUAUUGUUUGCGUCACUCAAAAGGCAAUAAAGGGGAGUGCCUCGGCAGAUUAUCUAGCUCAACAACCCAUAAGUGAUUAUCAGCCUAUGCAUCCAGAAUUUCCUAAUGAGCAUAUUAUGGCUUUGUUUGAAGAGGAGGUUGAAGAUGAGGACAUGGAUAAAUGGAUCGUGUGGUUUGAUGGUGCAUCUAAUGCACUAGGCCACGGGAUUGGGGCAGUACAGGUUUCCCCGGACAAGGAAUAUAUAUCUUUCAUGGCUAGGUUGUGUUUCAACUGCACAAACAAUAUAGCGGAGUACGAGGCAUGUGCCCUUGGGAUCCGAGCAACGAUCGACUUUAGGGUCAAGUUACUCAAGGUAUACGGGGACUCAACAUUGGUAAUUCAUCAGUUGAAAGGUGAAUGGGAGACUAGAGACCACAAAUUGGUGCCUUACCAGGCUUACAUCAGGAAAUUGAUGGAACUCUUUGAUGACAUAUCAUUUCAUCACAUUCCUAGAGAAGAAAAUCAGAUGGUCGACGCCCUUGCCAUUCUAUCGUCCAUGUUCAAAGUGAGCCCGCACGGAGAUUUGUCGUACGUUGAAUUCAGAUGUCGUGUUGAGCCUGCACAUUGUUGUUUGAUAUAA